AUGAAGUCUAUUAUUCUCAUUUUAAUAUCUUAGCUAAUAACAAUUUGUUUAAGUUAAAAUCUCCGCCAAAAUAAAAAGAACACCUAUGAACUAUUAUAUACUUCCUCCAGCUUGAUUAGUAGUGUAUCUUUUUCUAGUCUUAACACUUAAUUGUCUAAUGUUUAUUUACCUUUAAUUACUUCUGGAGGUCCACUAGGAUAUAAUGGCCCACUAGGCCCUUUCGGACCUCUUGGAACUCUUGGGCCUGUAGGUUCGAAUACAUGGAACCCUUCUCAGCUUAUAUCUGGGAUUGAAUGGUCUAGUUUUUCAAGUGAACUAACUGCAUAAGAUGGACCUUUAUCUUAAAAUGGACCUCUUGGACAUAAGGGUCCAUUAAACAAUAACUUGUACAAUGGUGAAAACUAUUCUUUUGACAGUAAUGGUUUCUUCCAGUAACUAACCGGUUUAGGUUUAUUUGCUUCUCUUGGUCCAUUAGGUCCUCUUGGAGUAUUAGGUCUACUUGGUCCACUAGGACCUGUAGGCGCACAUGGAUUUAAGGCAGAUAGAGAUGGCUAAUAUAUAAAUUACUAAGGAUAAAUUCAAAAAGAAAUAGUUGUUAAAUAUGAUGAUUAAUCAUCAAGAAAGUAUGAAUUAUUUGAGGUUUAUUAAUCUUCCUUUGCAAAAGCUAAUUUUAAUGUCUUAGAUACUAGUUUUAUGAUUUAAGGAUCUUUUGGAAUGUUUGGAUCAUAGAAGGAUUAAUUUACAUUUACAUCGAAUUCUGAUUAAUUCGUAACUAUUAUUUUAAUCCCAGAAAAAUCUCUAGACUCCUUUAAGUUAAGCCUCUUAGAUGUUUAAUCUAAUUUAAUAGAUUCAGCAAGCAAUAGUGGUUUAAUAGAACAUUUUAUUAUAUAAAUGAAAAAAGGGUAGCAACUAACUAUUUAAGUAGACCUUUAAAUAAGCAUGUAGUUUUUUUCUAAAAGCUAUAGAUUAAUAGUUGUUGGAUCUACAGCUCAUAAUAAUUUUAAUAAAGUUAACGGAAGUCAUGUUAAAAAAUAUAAUAUUACAACUCAAUUUAAUUAAUUUUGA